AUGCCCUUUGUAUGGAAUGCUUACUCCAAACCCUGUCCAUCAGGUGCAUGUGAGAUGCUCACUCUAAUUCUCCUGUGUAUCCUCGUCUCAUUCACCAUCUCAACCCUGCUAUUUGUGUGGAUGGUGUUCAGUUUGGGCUAUACCCACUUUGUGGCUGGUAUUUUAACUGGUGUGAGUGCAUUGGUGAUGCUGCUGCUGUUGAUCUUGGUGCACCCUGUGCGCUGUGUAAUAACAGUGACUGUGCCAUCGCUGGGCACCAAACAGGGUCGUAAGAUCAUCCUGUCCACGGCACUGCUGUAUGCCAUCACCUCCUGUGUGCCCAACAUCACCAACAACAUGGCCCGCAGCCUCCACAUGAUGAAAUGCAGUGCAGGCAACAUCACCCACAGCGUGCUGGAGUCCUGCAAUGUACCCAAAGAAGCUCUAAGAGACAUUGAGAACAAGCUGGCUGAUUUGCCCUUGAUUAGCAGCAGAGACUACUUCUUUAAGCUGGAAAGUGACGUGGAUGUAAAGGACAUGGAGAAGAGUCUCUCUCAAGUUUCUGAAAGUGUGAAAGCAGACCUUGCCAUGCUACACAGCACAGUAGGCCAGGUUUCCCAGGUUCUCAAGAAGAUAAUUGCUGCACUGUUCGUAGUUUUAAUGAUAGGCAGUUCGGUGGUCUAUGUGAAGGGCUACCUGACACAUAUUAAACAUGAUAAUGUGUACCAGUCGCACCAGCUGAUGGAGGCUUUGCAGAGAGUGAGUGGUGAUGUCACGUUGCCCAGGAGCUACAAGAAGAAGCUGGUGAAGACCUCUGGGGUGCGGAUGAGCGCUCGUGAGCUGAAGCGUGGUCUCUGGGGGAUGCUAGCCCUGCUUAUCUAUGCCUUGAUGUGUGGGAUCAUGCUUGGCCUGGACCACUUUGUAUACAGGUCACUGCAGUCGCUCCUGGCAUGGACCUCAGACAUCCCUGACAUUCGGGCUACUGUGCAUGUUCAGAUGACAUCACUAUCUGCACCAGAACACUCUGUCCUGACCUUAAUCUGUACCUUCCUGACCAUUGCUUUCUUCAUGCUGCUUGUGGAGGUGUUUGCCCGACGCCUCCGCCGCAAAGUCUGUGCCUCAUUUUACCGUAGCCGUGAGGAGCAGCGCACCCAGUACCUUCUGUGGAAGAUUCUAGAGAAGAGAAAAAGACCAGAGGGAAGUGAUGACUCAUAACAGUAAUGUCUUAACUUUAGUGUUCUUAUUUGAGCAGCUACUUUGUACUUGGGGUAAUUUUAAAGCAUAUGGUAUCUAAUUCAGUGUUUAUGUACAUUGGCACAAGUUUAUGCUUGUCAG